AUGGGCAACCUUCGCCUGCUCAAGGCCUCCGGCCCGGGCUCACUUGCGACGGACGCUAGCACAGGCGCAGACGACCUGCUCGCCGUGCACCAGAUCCGCGCGGCGUACGACCGCGUCGUCCAGGAGGACGUCCCCGCCCUGCUGGGCUCGUGCACGCCCGCGGAGCCCCACACAGGGUUCGAGGGCGUGCGCGGGCGGCUGGACGUGCACGACGCGACGCACCUCCGCGAUUGCGGGCUCAGGCCGGUCGCGCAGCGGCUGCGCGGCGGCGCGACGCCGGCGGACAGCAUCCCCCCGCUCGACAUCACGAGGAUCGGCGAAGUGGUCGCGAAGCUGUUCCCGGAGGGCACGGCCGCGGCGCCCGCGGCGCUGGACGACGCGGAGAAGGGUCCGCUGGUGUGCGCGCUGCAGGGCAAGCGCGUCAAGCGGCGCGAGGCGGACGGCACGCGCGCGUCGAAAAAGCGGCGACGGGCGAGCGGCGUGGAGGCGGCGGGGACGUCCGGGUGGUCGGGAGGCGGCACGGAGAUGGACACGUCGAUGCGGCCAUCCGAGGGAUGA